AUGGCGGUGUUUGGUUUCUUCAAGAAAGGGUUCGACCCCGAGGUGUACGAGCGCGAGUUGACGGUGCUCACCGAGCUGAUCCUGGCCACCCAGCAGCAGGUCGGCUUGCUUGAGCGCCGCUACCGCGACGUCCGCCGGGUGUGGGUCCAGUGGCUGGUGAUGCUCUACGUGGUGCUCACCGCCUACAAUUGGAUGCAACUCCCCAAUACGACGCCGGGGGCCAAUCACCUUCAACGGUACUUUCGGGGAUUGCUGCAACGCCAGUGGGUGGCGGUAUUAGCGUUCCCGAUAGCGCUGUGGGCGACGUUGAAAGUAAUCCACUGGUUGUUUAAUUACUUGAUCCGCCGCCGCCAAAACAGGUUGAAACUGCUUCAAAACAAACACACUGCCAAGAUUGACGAGUUGAAACAGAUUACCAAUUUCAACACUACGUCGAAAUUGUUGAAAAAAUACUCUAAGGAGUCCGAGCCGCAACCAGCGGCAGCGGCAGCUAGCGGUCGGCGAGCGCCGCCAUCAGCGCCCCGAGGCGCUCCGGGAGCCGGCCCGGCGCCGGCAGGAGCACACCAGCUACCGCCCACGGCUAAUGUCGCCCGUCCUCGUAACCCUACUGAGGAGAAGAUUCGUCGUCAAUUGAACUUGGACAUCGAUGUGCUUGAAGCACCAUUAGCUUCAUCAUUGCAAGCGCCAUCAGCGCAAGCGCCACACGCGCUGUCGCCGGCGCCCGGCGCCGGCGCUUCGCUGCCUGCGGUCGACGGCCUUAUCCAGCGCCGCCUACAAGAACAGCAGCACCAGCGGCUGUGGGGGGACCGUGUCCUUGACUUGUUACUCGGGCUGGAGCACAACGAGCUGGUGGAGAACCGCUACGCGUUAGUGUGCCACAACUGUUUCGCCCACAACGGGUUGGCGCCUCCCGGGUGCGCCAACCCGUUACAGGUGAAGUAUGUGUGUUUUAAGUGUGGCGCGUUGAACGGCGACUUCAGUAACGUCGCCCCUGUUUCUGAGACAGCCACUGCUGCUGAAACAAGUGAUGAUGCUACCGAUCACGCCACCCCCGUUUCAGAAUAA